CUCCGCUCCUUUGACAUUCGCACAGGGGACACGAGUGCAGCGCAGGAGACUCCUCUAAAGGGGGGCACAAACCCCAACUGGGACUGACACCCCUGUAUCUCAGAAGAGCCACUCGCACCCAAGGAUUUACAAACUACAGAAAAUACCCUGUUACCCCACACUGUACCCGACUGUCAGGUUCCCCGGGAUUUUCUCAGGAUCACCCCCACCUGCAGUGGGACACCCCAGAACAGCAGCACACUGCACCCCAAUACUGGUACAUGGUAGCCUCAGGAUUGCGCAGCUGCACCCCAAUACAUGUACAGGGUUACUCCAACACUGGCACAGGGUCACCCCAGGACUGGCACAGGGUCACCCCAGGACUGGCAGAGCUGCACCCCAACACUGACACAGGGUCACCCCAGGACUGGCACAGGAUUAGUUGAACACUGCGUAAACCCCAUAACAGCCCCCCCCCAGUGUGCUGACACAGAAUCAGUAACCCCUGAACUGUCACAGCUGCACCCCAAUUAAGAGACACUGGCACCACAAGAGCAAACCCCACUGCACCCCCAGACGACCAUACGGGGAGUCACUGCCUCAGGAUCUGCCGAGAGCAACUGCAGCCCCCGGACCCCCAUGCACCGUGGGACAGUGAGUAAUGCAGAGAGGCCUAAUUGGCAACCGAAGAAGAAAUUCUCCCUUUUCCCUUCUCCAAAAGACUGGAACUUCCGAGGGAGGAAAAGAAAGCAGAGUUGCAAUGAGCAAGAUGAAGUUCUCAGCGUGUGCAGCCUGGACGCCAGUGACGAACCAAGCACAAAACGGGUUAAACCUCUCUCAAGGGUCACGUCUCUGGCGAACCUUAUCCCACCUGUGAAACCGACACCCUUGAAACGAUUCAGCCAGUCUCUCCAGCGCUCCAUCAGUUUCCGAAGUGACAGCCGGCCUGAUUUGUUCACCCCGCGCCCCUGGUCAAGAAAUGCACCCCCUCCUAUCACCAAGCGAAGAGACAGCAAGCUCUGGAGCGAGACCUUUGAUGUCUGCGUCAAUCAAGUGCUCACAUCCCAAGAGAUCAAGAGACAGGAGGCCAUUUUCGAGUUGUCACAGGGAGAGGAAGACUUAAUUGAAGAUUUAAAGUUAGCAAAAAAGGCUUAUCAUGACCCAAUGCUGAAGCUCUCUAUAAUGACAGAACAAGAGUUAACCCAAAUCUUUGGGACCCUGGACUCACUUAUUCCUCUGCAUGAAGAUCUCCUCAGGCGACUCCGUGAGGUCCGGAAGCCGGAUGGUUCCACAGAGAAUGUUGGCCACAUCUUAGUUGGCUGGCUCCCCUGUUUGAACUCCUAUGACAGCUACUGUAGCAAUCAAGUGGCGGCAAAGGCGCUUCUGGAUCAUAAGAAACAAGACCACCGAGUGCAAGACUUUCUGCAGAGGUGCCUAGAAUCUCCCUUCAGUCGUAAACUAGACUUGUGGAAUUUCCUUGACAUCCCCAGAAGUCGCCUGGUCAAGUAUCAUCUGUUGCUAAAAGAGAUAUUGAGGCAUACGCCUAAUGGCCACCAAGAUCAGCAGCACUUAGAAGAAGCCAUUAAUAUCAUCCAAGGGAUUGUGGCAGAAAUCAACAUAAAGACCGGCGAGUCCGAGUGCCACUAUUAUAAGGAGAGACUGAUUUACCUCGAUGAAUGCCAAAAAGACCCUCUUAUCGAUAACUCUCGAGCGUUGUGCUGUCACGGGGAGCUCAAGAACAACAGGGGAGCGAAAUUUCACGUCUUCCUCUUACAAGAUGUUUUGGUGAUAACAAGGACCAUUACCCAGAAUGAGGCACUUCAAUAUCAAGUAUAUCGGCAACCGAUUCCCGUAAAAGAUCUCAUUUUGGACGAUUUACAGGACGGGGAGGUGCGCCUGGCUGGGUCGCUUCGUGGUGCCUUUAGCAACAACGAGAGAAUAAAGAACUUUUUUAGAGUGGGUUUAAAAAAUGGAUCCCACAGCCAAGGCCACUGUCUGCAAGCAAACGACACAUUCAACAAACAACAAUGGCUGAACUGUAUUCGGCAAGCCAAAGAGUCGAUUGUGAGCUCUGGGGGAGAUGACGCGUCCACCUCAGACGGACAGUUAUUGAUAUCUGCCAAUGGGACCUGUGAUUCUCAGGCGGCGGCGCGGUUUGAGCAAAUGGACCAAUCAGACAGUGUUUCAGACUGCAGCAUGGACAUAAGCGAAACCAGCAUGGACUGUGAGCAAAUGGAACAAACAAACUCUCACAACAAAGAGGUGGAAAGUAACGUUUGACGCGGCAGCCGCCAUAUUGUGGAAGCCUCCCUACAUGUUACCUGUAUAGUGUUGUUCAUUCCGUUUGUGUUGCCGUUAGAGAAGCACUUUGAAGAUAUCAGCUCUGUCUUUUCUUACAUCGUCUGCUGAUCAGAACGCAGUCACUACCGACUUUGGGAGUCAAAAUGGGCCACUGAUCCUACUUCAUCCAAAGUAGAUGACAAGGGAUUUAAAUUGCAUUUUGGCUCCGUCUUGAAACUACUGUCAAUGGGUGUAUUGUACAUGAAAUGUAUUUACUGUAAAGCUGUUAGCAAACAUUUAACCCCUUCAAGGGAUACUGUCAUGGGAAAAAACAUUUUUUCCAAAAUGAAUCAGUUAAUAGAGCUGCUCCAGCAGAAUU